CCCAAUGGUGUGGCCGCACCUACGCGGCAACUGCCCCAAUUGACCACGUUCUCCCAUGGUCGCCAUGCCGAGCAUAAAUAGCGCAACGAACUCGCAAUCGACACAGCAUCAGCCAUUCAUCCGUACUCCUCCGAGCAGCUCUCAGGCAGGCAACUCUCUCGCCCAAGCGUCAAGAGGUACCGAGCACAGGCAGGAGCUAGCAACUUAGCCUGCCGACAAGAGGAAUCACAGGAAGGAAGAAACAGAGGAGCGAGAGCAAGAGCUAUAGCAAUGGGGAGGGCUCCGUGCUGCGAGAAGAUGGGGCUCAAGAGGGGCCCGUGGACGGCCGAGGAAGACAGGACCCUAGUGGCUCACAUCGAGCAGCACGGGCACAGCAACUGGCGGGCGCUUCCGAAGCAGGCCGGGCUGCUCCGCUGCGGCAAGAGCUGCCGCCUCCGUUGGAUCAACUACCUGCGCCCUGACAUCAAGCGCGGCAACUUCACCAGGGAAGAGGAGGACGCCAUCAUCCAGCUCCACGCCAUGCUCGGCAACAGAUGGUCCACGAUUGCCGCGAGGCUGCCUGGGAGGACGGACAACGAGAUCAAGAAUGUCUGGCACACGCACCUCAAGAAGCGGCUUGAAUCCAAGCAAUCUGGCGGCGGCCAGGCACAAGCUGCGCCCAAGCGCAGAGCCAAGAAGGCGCCUGUGGCUGUGACUGUGAGUAGAACCGAGGUGCCAACUUCAGUGCCUGUGUCGCCGGAGCAGUCCCUCUCGACGUCGUCCGGCGCCAGCGGCUACUCGAUGGAGGCCCCGUCGUUGGAGAACGCGGACAGCGUCACAUCGGAGGAGUUCCAGAUUGACGACAGCUUCUGGGCCGAGACACUGGCAAUGACGGUGGACAGCCCCCGUUCAGGGAUGGAGUCCGGGGACUGCUUGGGUGUGGACGGUUCUUCGCCGUCGUCGAGCAAUGCCGACAUGGAUUUCUGGGUCAAACUGUUCAUGCAGGCCGGAGACAUGCAGAAUUUGUCCCAGAUUUAGGCUGAUCCGAGGAUAUGAUCCGCUGGGUUUCUUUUUCCUUUUUUGUGUGUGCUUAUUUUCACUUUCACUAUUCUUUGAAUCAUUGGUGUGCUGCGUUGUGGUGGCCUACGUGUAUACUUAUCUGUACAAUGGAAGAGCUUGAGACGCAGAAAGUAAAUGGUUCAUGGGGGUGCUUGCCCAUCGAGAGAAAAAUGGGUCAUGAUAACUGAUUGGCAAGUGCCCGCGG